UUAGACUAUGUUUAUUUGAUGAUAAAUUAUAACAAUUUAAUAUAGUUUUUGAGUUUUGUCUUUGUGUCUGACUCUUAUGUAUGAAUAUUAUUAAUUGACCACAGCGAAUAAUAGUAUAUUUUCCUGACACAAGAAGAAUUAAUAUCGUUUAAGAUGGGAUGCGACGGUGGAACUAUACCCAAGAGGGACGAGCUAGUACGAACCAAAAAGAAACCCGAACAGAAAGACAAAUCAUCUAUGCAGUUAUACCGUUGGCGUAAUUGUCACUUGACUCAAGGACCACUUCGACCACCAAUAGUCGCUUGUGGUAUGGGUCUCUUGUACAAUAAAGAAUCAGUUUUACAGCAUUUAGUAAAUAAAACUCCAUUUCCUGAAGCUUCAGCACACAUUAAAAGCUUAAAAGAUAUAAAAGCUUUAAAAUUGACUCCUAAUCCAGCAUUCAAUGGAAAAGCUCAAAGUGUAGGAGGAUAUAUUGAUGAUAAUUGUUCACCUUAUAUAUGUCCUCUAGUUGGUCUUGAAAUGAACGACAGAUCAAAAUUCUGUUUCUUAUGGAAAUGUGGAUGUGUUAUCUCAGAGAGAGGUCUUAAACUCGGUGCUGAUAACAAGUGUGUUAAUUGUGUAAUGGAAUAUGAAGAUGAUGAUAUUGUUAUAUUAAAUCCGACUGAAGAAGAUGUAACAUUGAUGAAAACUAAAUUAGCUAAACGCAAAGAUAAGAUUAAGAGUAAGAAAAAUAAAGUCAAACAAGAAGUUGUAGUUAAAGAAGAACCAGUUGAUGAAGAUGAAAAACCAAUUAUUCCAUCAACCAUACCUGUUAAAACAGAAAAUAUUGAUGUUAAAAAGGAAAUAAAAAAGGAACAAAUAAAGAAUGAACAAAUAAAGAAAGAACAAAUAAAAAGACCAAUUUCUAGUGCUGCAGGAUCAAGUUCCUCCGUUGCCUCUGCUAACUGUCGCAAAUUAGAAGAUCCUGUGUAUAAAAAAGCAAAACUUGCACACAGCAUUUCUAAAGACCAAACUGCAACCAAUGUAUAUAAAUCAUUAUUUACAAGUCACGAGGAUGACAAGAAUCAAACUCGAGCUCAUUGGAUUACUUACAAUCCGUUCUAUAACUAAACAUGAAAGCUGUGUUUUAUGUUGUGUAUUUUUAUUUGUAUAUCAUAUUUUCCUUUUAAAAAAUAUUUACUUUUAUGAUAUUCCAAUUCUCUUGAAACAUUUUUUUAAUUUAAUAAU